AUGGCUAAUUCUAAGACUAUUAUCUCUGUUUUAUUCCUAUUAGCCCUUGCUACUGCUUCCGCUUUCCUUAUAAAUACAAACUUCUCUAUUACACAGAUUGCUGUUAAGGUUCCUGCUGUCCACCCAGCUGCAAUAUAUGCCCAGAUUUAUACUAAGUUUGGUAUUAGUGUUCCUGAUCAUAUAGCCUUAGCAGCUAGAUCUGGUUGGACUGACUCUGUGGCCGCUAAUCCCUCUAUAAAUGAUCUUAUAUACCUUACUCCUAUUCAAAUUGGUGAUAAUACCUUGCAAGUUUGUCUUGAUACUGGCUCUGCUAAUCUAUGGGCCUAUACUCCUCAAACCCCUAGUGUUGGAUCUCAUGCUACCUAUAACCCCCAAACUGGUAGAUUAAUGCCAGGUUAUGACUGGUUUAGUACAACUGGAGACCAAACUACUUUAAGAGGUCGUGUGUUCCAGGAUUUAGUUAAGAUUGGUCAUCUUAGCUAUCCUAACCAGGCUAUUCAGGUUGUUGAUAUUAUCACACCUCGAUCAGCUAUGUAUAAUCCUAACCAACCACAGGAUGGCAUUUUUGGAUUAGCCUUCUCUUCCAUGAAUUGUGUUCGACCAACGAAGCAGAAGACCUUUUUUGCCAAUAUUAAGCGCUUCCUUAAUGCCCCUCUCUUUGCUUUCUGCCUUAAGCAUCGGACUCCUAGUACUAUUGAUUUUGGUUGGAUUGAUUCUAGGAAGUAUAAAGGGCAGAUUGUCUGGACGGAUGUUAAUAAGAGAUAUAGGUUUUGGAAUAUUUCCAUUGAUGGAUUCAGUAUUGGAAGAGAUCCCUCUAGUUCUAUCCCUUUCUCUGCUAUUGUCGAUACUGGUAGCAGCAUUAACCUCUUACCAGAGUAUAUUGUCAAUCAAUACUAUAAAAGGAUUCCUGAUUCCUAUAAAUCUACUCAACAUGGCGGAUAUAUCUUCCCGUGCACUCAGACGAGUAUUAUUCCUGACUUUAGCCUUAAGAUUGGUCAAUACAUCGCUGUUACACCUGGGCAACUCUUGAAGUUUAGUAGCAAUGGCACCCAUUGCUUUGGUGGUAUCCAAUCCAGUCCUUUUUCCAGCCUCAAUAUACUCGGCGAAGUCUUCCUAAAGAACCAGUAUGUGAUUUUCUUUGACGACGACAGAAAUGCCCGGAUAGGUAUCGCUCCCCAGGCCUAA